AUGAAUCAUUUGUUGAUUUUAAUUCUGGGAUUCAUUUGGAUCAGAUUAAAUUGGACUGAUCUAGGAAACGAUCUUGGAGGCACUCCCUUAGCAGCUCUCAAGCCAAAAAGUUCAUGUCCAUUCUAUGGUGGUAGACCAACCAAUGGAAAGAUGUGGUCAGAAUGGUUAAUUGAGAUUUUACAAAAUCAUUCAAAUGUUAAAAAUUAUGCUGUUUCUGGUGCUACGGUUGAUAAGACACUUUGGCAUUCUGCUGAUAAAUCAUUUGAUAUGGCUAUGGAAAUCGAUAGAUUCUUGUGUCAAAAAAAUCAAUUUGAUCCUUCAUCAUCGAUGGUUACAUUAUUCUUUGGUAAUAAUGAUUUUAUUGCUUCUAAUAUUGAAUCUAAUCAAUUAUCUUCAUUAAUCCCAUCAUCUCAAAAGUUUUUAAACCAAACUAAAAGAUUAAUCGAUUCAGGUUUUACGAAUUUCUUAAUCUUAAGUUAG